AUGAAGUCCACUCUCUUCGCUGCCGUCGCCAUCUUGGCCGCUUCCGUCUCUGCCAUGCCUUACAAGCCGAGCAAGGACUGCAAGAGCCCCUUCCCAAAUAUCUCUUGCAAGCCCCUUUCACUCCAGAAUUACACUAUCGUCUCUGGUGACACCCUGACAACCAUUGCCGACAAGUUCGGUUCCGGUGCCUGCAACAUUGUCGCAGCCAACAACAUUGCCAACCCCGACCUCAUCUUCCCCGGCCAGCUCAUCACUGUCCCAGCUAACUGCACUGAAACCAUCGACAAGACCAGCUGCCUUCCCAACGUUCUCCAGCCCACUGGUACUCAGGACUGCGUCAAGGGUCUUUCUGUCAACCCUCCCACCUACCAGGUCAUCCCCGGCGACACUUUCACUCUCAUCGCCAACAACUUCGACCUCAAGCUCGACGCCCUCAAGAACGCCAACCAGGGCAGGUUCGCCAGCUUCGACGCCAUCUUCGCCGGCAACACGACCAUUAUCCCCGUCUGCCAGGGCUGCUCUUGCACCAACCGCAACUACACCAUCGUCUCUGGCGACACCUUCAGCGCCAUUGCCAAGAAGGGUGGCAUCACCAUCGGCCAAAUCGAGGCGGCCAACCCCGGUCAGCUUCCUCAGUCACUCCAGAUCGGCCAGGUCAUCAACAACCCUGUCUGCUCGUGCGUUGCUUAA